ACAACAGGGCGGCUGAAGAUCGGGACCUACACCGGACCCCUGCACCAUGGCAUCGUCUACUCUGGAGGUUCUUCUGACAUCGUGUGUGACCUGCUGGGGGCCAAGGGGAAGGACAUCGUCUACAUCGGAGACCACAUCUUCGGGGACAUCCUCAAGUCCAAGAAACGCCAGGGCUGGAGGACCUUCCUCGUCAUCCCCGAGCUGGCCCAGGAGUUGCAUGUCUGGACUGACAAGAGCUCGUUAUUCGAGGAAUUGCAGGGCCUGGACAUUUUCUUGGCGGAGCUCUACAAGCAUCUGGACAGCAGUAGUAAUGAGAGACCUGACAUCAGUGCUCUCCAGAGAAGGGUCAAGAAAGUGACCCACGACAUGGACAUGUGCUAUGGUAUGAUGGGUAGUCUGUUCAGGUCUGGCUCCAGACAGACUCUGUUUGCCUCUCAGGUGAUGCGCUAUGCUGACCUGUACGCUGCUUCCUUCAUCAACCUCCUGUACUAUCCCUUCAGCUACCUCUUCAGAGCGGCUCACGUACUGAUGCCCCACGAGUCAACGGUGGAGCACGCGCACAUCGACACGGACACCGAGUCCCCCCUGGCCACGCGCAACCGCCACUGCACUGACAGCAAGGACCCGGAGUGCUGUAGCAACAGGAACCACAGCCAGCUGACCCGGUCCAUCAGUGAGAUCAAACCCCCCAACAUGUUCCCCCAGACCCCCCAGGAGAUCACCCACUGCCACGAUGAAGACGACGAUGAGGAGGAGGAAGAGUAGAUGGAGGAGGUGUGAUGGCGUGACCCGAACCAGGCUUGAUUCCUUCCUAGGAGGAGGAAGAGAGAGAGGAGUGAAAAGCCGUCUUGAUUCCUUCCUGAUGUUUCCCUGAGGGGGUUUUAGAGUAUAAAUACUUCUAGGAAGAUAUAAAUGAUAAUGUACUCUAUAGUCCACAGUAAGAGUCCAUGUAGGAUACAUUGGAAUGAGGGGGGAGGGGAUAUGGCCAUUGUAGUGUAUCUAUAGGAGAUUUAUAUAUAGAGAGAAAUUACGCUACUUUUUAUACUAGAGAUGUAUCAGGAUAUUAAGGUUUUAUUAAUCAGAUCAGUCAACUGUAUGUUACUAUAGUAACAGUUGCUGCUCGGUGCCCACCCCUUUUCAAGUUUUACGUUUUCAAUGUUUGUUUUUUCUAUGGAUUUUUAUGAUGAAAUGGGAAAAGGUUGACUUGAAGUUGGCCCAUUUUUUAAUUUAUUUUCAUUUUAAUUUUUAAGUUGAUGAAGCUUAAACAGUUUUUACGGCAUAGGAUGUUGUAGCAGACAAAUAUACACGAAUACACACAAGAAGCAAAUAUUACGAACACUACUUUUCUCUGUACUGACCUUACACAGUGUCUGGUCAUAGAGAAGAAUUCCCUGUGUGUGUUUACAUAGUACACCAUAAUGCAGGCACCAUACUGUAGUUUCAAUGUGAAGCACUAAGACGGAAUAGCCUUUGCCAAACAGUAUGUGCAGUACUGUAUAUAAACUCUAUAUACUGUUUUGCUGUUAUCCUUUUGAAAUGAAAGUGUUCUAGCCCUGCUGUACUGGCGUUGAAAGAACACACGUAUCGAGUAACAUGGCAAUCCAAAAACAUGGUCCAAAAAUGUAUUUCUCUCUGUUUGUUAUUUUGGUCUUUUUUUUGCAGUAUAAUUCCUCCCGUCGUGUCCCUGCAUAACACAGCUUGUGUGUGUGUGUGUGUGUUCGGCCUUGGCCAAUCAAAAGUCGAGUUUGCGUCGUCCUGAGCGACUGUAACCAAGGCAUCCAUAAUUGUACUAAAGAACAGUGUGGUGUAUGUUUUGGGUUACACAAAGCACAAGUCUGAUUCUGGGUAACUAAUUGUCAAUAUUAGCUCGAUAUGACAUGAAGCGUGCUGUCUAUUUUAAAGUAUGGUGCACAUAAUGUCAUCUGUGAUUCUGUGUGGUUAAUUUCAACUGACGUUUUGAAAUGCAUGAAAUGUUGUUUCUAGGCAACCGUGCGUACAGGGUAACGAUUAUGCUGCCUCUGUACAGAUGUGUUCUAUGGCAACUGUGGACGGUCACAUAGGCCUAAUGCUAUUGAGAGGCUGUGACCCAGUAUUACUGUUCUCAUACACGAUACUGUAAAAAGCAAGACAUUCAUCAUGCAAAAUACUAUUACAUUUUUUUUGUUCUCCUGUAGGAUGAUAUGAGAUAUGGAAACCUGCAACAUUGUUACACUAUGUGCAACUAACAUGCAGUAGUAGUUUUACCUUUUUUUUUACUAAGCUUGGAGUUGUUCGUUAGGUGUUCUCUUGAAUAUUAAAUUGUAACAGUUUAUUUUUUAUUGCAUAGAACCGCUUUAGUUAGAACUGUCAUAUUCACCCCUACCUAACCAAACCCUCGUAUUCCAUGUGUGAUAAUAUGGUCUGGUGUUUCCUAGUAAUUCUUUGCAGUUAACAUGGAGAGUACAGUAUGUUAUAGGAACAGACCUGGGUUCAAAUACUAUUUAAAAUGUUUCAAAUACUUGAGCCUGCUUGUAGUGCCAGGUGGGCAGAGUUGAACUUUUGUGAACAUUUUUCUGGUUCCAUUGCUCCAGGCAAGCUCAGUCAAGCCCCAAUAAAGUAUAUAAACUGAUUUUGAAUAGUAUUUGAACCCAGGUCUAAUCUACAGUAGGCCUUGAUAUGCAAAAAGUAAAUUCAGGUCAGCCUGGGUGCUGUGGCAUUGUGUAGGCCUUGCACGGGCACCAGACAAGGAACCAACGCCUCGGCGAGAGGGCGUUUGUGUCUGACUGCCCCAGAGAGGUUCGGUUGGGCCUGGGAAAAGGACAAGAGUGUGCCCUCCUGACUGGUGGGAAUAGCUUGUAGACUCCCCCUAGCAGGAAGAUGUAGUAUGAACGAUGUAUAAAGGACUGUAGCUACAGUAUUCUGGAGUUUGUUAGAUCACUUAGGGGUAAGAAACACUGAAUGAUGCAAAGAAGCACCUGAUAUUUCCCAACAGGGUUGCGUUUGCUGUCUCCAAACACGAGCAAACCUUUUUAAUUUCAAAAUGGAAAUUGCAAUCGUUGAUUAGGCCCACAAUUCCACUGAAACGUUGAGAUACUUCAAAGAAAUGUGACUGGAAAAUGUUACCGAAUUGCUUAAUAUUAAACUUUCCUGUUUAGCAAAGGAAAUUCUUAACAUUUUCAGUUGUGUCCUAAUGAACAUGACCCAGAUGGUAUGCAGUACGGAGGGCAGGACAACUGCCCUGGAAGAGCGACGUUUUUUUGAUUGUUAUAGGUUAUCUGCAAUAUCAUAUGUGUGUGCUAUGUAAAACAUGCGUAUCACUUUAUUUCUAAGGCAUGUAGUUGUGUAGCUAGAGGUUUCGAUUGGCCUGUUGAUUUGGGCUGAUGAAGGGAAGACCAAUAGCAGGUCUCUGUUUGUAACCUGGUGUUGUUUGCCGAGGCAAGUAGUAAAAAGUGGAAUGUGGGUUCAACUGGGGAUCUUUGUAACAAUUUUAGUAAGAGUAGAAUCUGUUUUAGAGGAACUAUAUAGUGGUUCAAUAUUUUAUUACUCUCUGAAAAAAAAGUAUAUCUUUUUAAGUAUUGAUUUAACUGGAAAUACUACAAAAACACCCGGGCAGCUGUAUUCUUCACCUGGUUGGUUAGUUGUUUUUUUUUGGUCUCAUUACUGACGAAUUCAUAAUAAAGCCUGGUCGUUGGGAGGAAAAUUUGAAGUCCUUUUCUGUCAAAACACUUUACAAGACAUUAUUUCUAUGCAAUGCCACAGUACAGUGCAUUAUACAUGUAAACUAAGUUACUAAAAGGCUGGCCAAUGCAAGCAAAUGGCUUACGUCAAAGUUGUUUUAACUAUAUGGCUAGAACCAGGUUAGGGCUACAACUGAUAUGUGGAAGAAAAGAAAACCUGUCCGUCUGUGAGAAAAAGCUCUGGCCACAAGUUCUACAAGGUCGUCUGUGUAGUAACAAUUGUACACUUAAUAAUAAUAGCCUUGCAGACCGAUAUGCUGAAAACUAGGCGAUGUUGAAGAGCAUGUAUUUACCUUGCAUCAGAAAUGGCACCUUUUUCAACAACAACACCUUGGUUUUUGCUGUUUGUAUUUGUUUUUUCUAACCAGUGUUUUCAGAUUCUUAGUUUACAACGUUGUAUAUAGUAUUAUAAGCUUUUACAUUUACAUGUUGUGGAAGAAAUGUUCCUUAAAUUCUUUAUACAUCUUUUUAGUUUUUUUUGUCAUUUUUCUGGUUUCAGACACCUUUUUUACUAUAACGGCUUCAGUGAGUGUCUGAGCUAGCUAAACCUGGCCAACAGAUUAAUGCCACGAUCCAUUUAUACAAUUUGUCCAUUUUAUACAAAAUUUCAACAAUUGCAGACCGAGCGUGACAACUAUAACGCAUUCACUUAUUUUUUGUUUCGUGCAUUUUCUUGGAUGUUCCUCAGAGCGUUUUGUUUCCAGAAUUAUAAUAUAAUGUGUACAUUGGGGAAAUUACAUUUAUAUGUACAAUAAAAGCUAAUUUUCCAUAAUAAGUCA